AUGUCUACCAUGCACGCCUUUUUAGCAAACUUCAAUUCCGGCCCGGGUCUGGGCGGCUUGAUCCAAUAUGCCUGCAUCGGCGUCAAUAUCAUGUUCCUGUGCAGCGCCAUCAUCACGUCCUUCGCGUCGGCGCUGGCAGACCCGUUUAGCCACUUCAAUUCGCGGCCAUACUGGAUGUUCACGACCUUUCUCUCCUUUGCAGCAGUGAGUGGCUUGACUCCUGCUCUGGCCUGGCCCGAGCUGAUCAAGGCGGUUUACCCAUUCAUUCAAUAUCUGGGGAAGGUAUUUCGGAAUUCUGACUCGGAUGAUGAACACCAGGCUAGCUCCAACAUCACCAUCACCGGCGCCGUCUCGUCGCGCUUUCGCAACAUCGCCGACAGCGUGCCUGAGCCUGGCUUCGAGGACAAGCGCAUGCUGAACCUGAAGACCACAUUCUACCUGAGCGUAACCCUCGGCGGAGUCUUUGCCGUGGCGACAGCCAUCCUGGCCCUGGUAUGGGGCCGAGCAGCCGCUGAGAGCAUUGCCUUUGUGGUGCCCUGUGCCUUUGGUGUCCUUGCCGUAGCUCUGGACGUGGCCGCGAUUGUGGACAACUUCAAGCGAUUCAAGGGGGAAACUGGGGCAGUGGAGUUGGAAUGA